GGAUGGUUUGUGCCCCCCCAGAUCCUAUGGGGGCUGCUCCAGCCUCGCCCCUCGGAGGGUCCGAAACCUCCUUCUCCUUCCCAGCCGGGAGUUGCUCCUGGCCCCUUUGGGCCCCUGCCCCGUGGUACCCGGUGCCCUGCCCCAGAGCGGGCCCAGCCCCCCGGGCUCCGCCAGGCCCUGCAGCCCCCGCCCCCCUCAGCCCUUCGCACCCCCGGGCCCAGGCCAGGCUGGGGGAGCCCCACGGGCCGCAGCCACGGGAUGUUUGUGUGCGGUAACCUGCACAGCCCGGUCUGCCCGGAUACCGAUGACGAGCAGCCGCGGGCUGCGUCCUGAUUGGACGGGCCCGGGCAGCUGCGACACUUCGGAACGUGAAAGUGAAAGUGCCGGGACAGCGCCCGUGCGAGUUAGUGCCAGGGGCACAGCGGGCGGGGGGGGGGGGUGACCCCCCGUCCGGAUAUUCGGGGCUUUGUCUCACAGAGGCGCCUAUUGCCCCCCCCCCCGCCCGGCCCCAUGGCCUGGGGGCUGCUCCUGGCGCUCUGCGGGGCGCUCCUGGCUCCAGCCGCGGCGGGCGGGCACCACAGCCUGGGCGUGCUAGUCACAGCCGUCACCCAUGAAGACGGGGCCCAUCACUACUUCAUGAUCUCCAAGCUGGAUGACGUUCAAGUCGCGUACUACAGCAGUGACACGCGAGAGGUCAGACCCACCCAGACGUGGGCAGAGCAGGCCGUGGGCGCUGAGUAUCUCCAGGAAAAGACCCAGGAGUUCUGGGGGUAUGAGGAGGGCACUAAAGUUGAGACCAGGAGGUGGAUGCAGCUGCACAACCAGACGGGCGGGAUUCAUACUGAGCAGCUCCACGUGACCUGUGCCCUGAGUGGCCAGGCCCCCGUGGACCCGAGGUUCCAGUACGCCUAUGAUGGGAGGGACUUCAUCAGCUUUGAUGCCCAGACGGGGACGUGGGUCGCAGCCGUGCAGCCGGCCUUCCUCCAGAAGCAGAUCUGGGAGACCGGAAAGACUUGGACUCAGUACGUCCAGCACUACCUGCAGUCUGAGUGCCUGGGGACCCUGCGGAGCCUGGUGCAGCGGGGGCGGGCGGUGCUGGAGCAGCAGGUGUCCCCUGAGGUGUCAGUUUCUCGCAGACACACUCCCGACGGCUCCGUCACCCUCUCCUGCCGCGCCAGGGGCUUUUACCCGCGUCCCAUCCACGUCUCCUGGGUGCGGGACGGAGAAGACAUCCUGGCGGAGACGGACUCCAGCGGGAUCCUGUCCAACGCCGACGGCACCUACUACACGCAGUCGUCCCUGGAGAUCUCCCCGCAGCAGGACGGGCACCGCUACGCCUGCCGGGUGGAGCACAGCAGCCUGGGGGAGCCCACGCUCGUCUGGGCCCCUGGGAAGAAGGCCCCCCUGCCCCCCGGGGUCCUGGCCGCCAUCGUCCUGGCCGUGCUGGUUCUGGCUGGAGCCGUAGGGGCCGGUGUCGUCCUGUGGAGGAGAAAAUCAGCAGGUGAGAGCCGGUCCCCGCGGAGCCGGGAUGUGGGGAGGUCUGGGGAGUGGGGCAGCCCAGCCAGCCCAGGGGGGAAUGGCUCCUCCCACUGCCCCCCAAGCAGAGGAUCCCAUGAAACCCGGCUACGCUCCAGCAGCCACAAAGAGCGGGGAAGAUUCUGCCUCCAGCUCAUCAUCAGGAACAGACCCCCGGAGCGUGGGACCCCGGAGCUAGGGGCAGUGACCCUGCCCAGCUGCUGA